GUCACUUUUUCAAGAUCGGAUCUUUCGGUGAUGUAUACGAGCACGGACAAUUUGCCUUCCGCGGAUAAUUUACUUUUCCCUACAAUUAAACAAUCCGUGCCAAGGCCUUCCGCCGCUGUCAUGCCUCCUCAGUACAACGAGAGAAUCCGAUUUAGAUCGUCUUUGCGGACGGCAGUUCCAUGUCUAUAUAAAGAUGUUCUAAUCGGUUCAGAAUGUUGUUACUCAAGCUCACUUUCGCCGGCCUCACUACCUCUGUUGUGGCCCAGACGUAUCCCACCACAAACUCCAGCACUCCGAACCCAAUCACCAUUGCUGACCUGGCAACUGGUGCUAAUUGUGCUUGUACUCAGCUUGCAGCUAACUUUGGUGAUUCCGUGCUCACGGCAAACUCGACGAACUAUACCGCCGAGGUUACUGAAUAUUGGGAUGUGAGGUCAGAUCUCUUGCCAAAGUGUGUGUUCUUCCCGGCAGUUGCAGACGAUGUCGCCACAGCCGUUUCAACAUUUACAUCCUGUGGGGCUCAAUUUGCGAUCAGGGGAGGAGGCCACAUGAACUUUCCCGGAUCUAACAAUAUCGACGGUGGUGUUCUGCUCGCUCUAAACCACCUCACAGAUACCGUCGUUGCAAGUGACAACUCGUCUAUUGCAGUUGGGCCUGGAAACAGAUGGGUUGAUGUUUACGCAGCACUUGCUCCUUAUGGAUUGUAUGCUAUUGGUGGUCGUCUGAAGACCAUUGGUGUUGCCGGUCUUGAGCUGAUCGGUGGUUUCCACUACCUCAGUAACAAAUACGGAUUUGCUAUGGACAAUGUCCUCAGCUACGAUGUCGUUCUCGGCAACGGUACACAAGUUGUUGCCAAUUCAACGACUAACACUGAUCUCUUCUGGGCUUUGAAGGGCGGUGCCAAUAACUUCGGUAUCGUCACCAAAUUCGUUAUAAAGGCGCUGCCUAUCCCUUUGAUCAGUGCCACCAUUCAGGCAUUCGGUGAGUCUUACGUAGAGGAUUUCAUCGCGGCCACUGUUGAUAUGACUCAAAACAAUGAUGCGGAAAUCGGAGCAGGGUCAGUAAUCACCAUCGGGUACAACAUUACCACAAAAGUCGUUACUCCGUCGCUUUUGGGCGUUCAAGAGGGAACCGAAUCCCCGCCAUCUCGAUUCGCAGCAUACUCGAAGAUCCCAUCUUUACAAACAAUCAAUAAUGUUUUGCCCCCGAUUGAGUGGCACAAAACUCUUGAUACACCUAACCAAAUGUUCAGAGUACAAUUUGCGCAUAAGACCAUCCUCCCAGACACGGAUCAGAUAGUCAAGAUUUACAGAGCUUGGAAGGAUGCAGUGGAUACCAUUAGCGAUGUCGAGGGUCUCUCUCCAACAUUUGUCCUGAAUAUGAUCCCGAAGAGUACCAUGACCGUGGCUAAGGACAAUGGAAUUGGUAAUACCUGGGGACUGGACGAUGACCAAGGUCUCAUUGUCUGGCAACUCUCUACCGGCUGGGCCAACGCAAUUGAUGACCUCCGCAUGACUAACUGGGCUCAUGGAUUCAUCGACUACUGGCACGCAGAGAACCAGGCGGCUGGUCUUGCUUCAGAGUUCCUCUACAUGGGUGAUGCCGGAGAGUUCCAAAACCCCUUCCUCGGCUUUCCAUCGGAAAACGUGCAGAGACUGAGACAAAUUCGUGAUGAUGUGGACCCAUUGGGAGUCUUCAGUCGACUAAAUUGGGGCGGCUUCAAGCUUGGUGACUGAGUGAUGUUAUUGGGAGAAAACCGAAUAGCUGGAACAUAAUGUACAGGUCUGGCCUAGAAUUCUCUGUAUAUAGCUCCAAUGUCAUGUGCUUCCUAACUUUACUGGUUUUGGUUAUUUUGCUUGCAAAUACAUCGUUUUUUCCAAGGUGACUUGAGCUAAGAACGUUCUAGAAACUUAAGUGCCAACUUCGGGGACGCGGCUUGAUACUUUUAUGCUGCGUCUUCACAAGUGGAUGAUUGACUGGGCUCUG